UGGGUACUAAUUUAAAAAGGACUGCCAUCGUCUAUUUGAAGGGAUAUCCAGUCCAAGUCUGGGGUAAGAUAAAGACACAAAAAUGUUCUCUGUUAAUGGACUGUUCAAAGUUUGAAACAGGCUUUAGCACAUAUUGGAUGAAAUCAUUUUAACCUGCUAUACUUAAAAAUUCCCAUUACUGACGCUGCACUGCCAUCUAGUGAAUAUUAAAUAAGCAAGCUGUUUAAAAGCUAGGCUUCUCAUUUUUGCUGAAUUUUCUGCCAAAUAAUUGGGAGAAAAAAACGAGGAAUAAAAUUGCACAGGACUUUGUACAUUUAAAAAAAAAUUGGGCUGCCAUUGUGCCAUUGCUCAAACUCAACCAAUGUGUUUUUAUAUACAUAAAAAAAUGUCUGGAAGUAUUCUUAGAACUAUGAUAUGAUACAUGGGAUGAAUGUGGGAAAUGUUUGGAAUGACUGAUGUUGAAUAAUAAUUACAAAUUUUUAAAAGGCACUUAUUUCAUGAAAAACAUGCAUUUAUUUUACAUAGGAAGUAAUAUGACUUAACUAAAAUGUAACAACUGGUCUUCAAUCUACGAUCUCAUAUUUUUUUCCUUGCAAGAACCCUGUGAAGUAAGUUAGGCUGAGAGAGAAACUGUCCCAAGCUCACUGUGAAUUUCAUGGUGGAAAGAUGAUUUGAACUGUGGUCUCCCAGUUGCCCAUCUGACACUAAGCCUCUACAUCAUACUGGUUCUCUGACUGUCAUUCAGUUGUGUGAAUGGCCUAGGCUCUAGCUUAGGGUCACCAACAUUUUUAGACUAGUGGACACAUCUCAAAUUUUGAGGGAGUGCUGGGGGAACCAACUGCAGAAUGGAUGCCAUGGAAUCAGCAUGAUAUAACACAAAAUUAGAGAGACAAGCAUCCUCUGAUAACCUUCUGGAAUAUGAUCAUAAAUACACUUUUGAAAUCAUGUCAUGUUUGUUAGAAUGGGAAUUUGUGAUUAUGAAGAAAUAUGUAAUGUUGAUCUUUUUAAUUGAAGUGCAUUCAAAACUUACAUUCACAACUUAAUUAUUUUUAUAGUGACAAUCAGUGCAAAUGAAGCCCAUAAAAUCUCUGCUUCUUCCCUGGCAACUUUAUUUGCUGCUUUUGCAGAGCUUGCUAGUUUAUUAGUACCAAAUGUCUUAUUUCUAGGACUUGCAUACAGGUGUGACUAUGAAUAGCAGUGACCAUGCUGAGUUGGUAGGUUGAAGGGUGUGUGGUCAAUUUGAGCAAAUAUUGACACAUUGGUGCAAUCUCUUUCUUUUCACAAUCUGUUUCUUUCGUGUUUCAUUGUAGCAACUGAAGGAUUAUCAAUUUUCUGUUACUAAUAAUGGAUAACUAGUGAGUAACUAGUGUUCCUUGUUCAACAAAAGACCUAAGUUCAAGAAGCAUAAUUAAUAUUAUCUGUGCAGUGUAAAGCCUCAUGAACUUUGAUAUUCCAUGCAAUGCGAACUUUAGACUGUUUCUUCUUGAUGGCCAGGAGCACAUAUACAUCAAGAAAGGCACUCAGGCUAUCAGGAAUAACAUGGAGAAUGUAGGCCUUGAUCUCCCAAGAUCCCUUUCAGCUCUGAUUCCAUGAGUGUGUGUGUGUGGAUAUAGGUCCAGCUCUGAGGGUCUUCUGGUGGUUGCCUUACUGUGAGAAGUGAGGUUACAGGGAACCAGGCAGAGGGCCUUCUCGGUAGUGGCGCCUGCCCUGUGGAACGCCCUCCCAUCAGAUGUCAAGGAAAUAAACAACUACAGUACCUGGCUUUUAGAAGACAUCUGGAGGCAAUCCUGUAUUGGGAAUUUUUUAAUGUUGAAUGCUUUACAAACCCAGCCAGAUGGGUGGCAUAUAAAUAUAAUAAUAACAACACUUUGCUUAACUGGUUAGGUGAAUAGGGCAUGUGAAGGCCAGUCCUCUGAGGUAUCUGUGAGUGAUUAGACAAGCCCUAGACUGCAGCAGACUGGCUUUCAGGAUGGUAGAUGAGGAAGUACGUAGAUAGAUAUUGGGGCUUGAUAGGGUGGGGGGUGAGUGACCCUCUCUUUGCUUUCCAUUGGUUCUAUGUUCACAGCUUAGCACGGUAAAGCACAUAUGCAAUCCUCUAUUGUAUACUGCUCAGAAGCCCUAUUGGGUCCAGUCCUUUACUCUCCUGAGAGCGCACCCCAUUGAGAUCAAUGAACAUCGGGGCAGGCACUGCGGAGCAGCCUCAGCCACUGAACACGGCUUGGCCUGGAAGAAGGAGGACCCGUGAAUGACGUUUUUGCAAAGACGCUCCUCUGCCCAGAAGAGACGCCAACUGCACGCAACUGACUGCCAGAAACGAACAAGGGAGGCUGGAAUCAGGCCCAUUCAUUCCCGCGCAUGCGCGUUAACUGGACUCGCGUUGCCUUUUUAUUUUUUUUAAGGUCAAGAAAAAUCUGGGUCGCUCUACGUCGCUGUCCUGUACGUCAGCACGCGUGCGUGCCCCACACCUUCAUUUUGCGCCUGCGCGGUACCGGUUUCCUCUGACGAAGCUCUUCGGUACAGCAGUCUCCGCCGUCAGGUUAUGGGCGGAGUGCGCAUGCGUGGCGGCCCGGCAGCAGCAGCAGCAGCAGCGGCAGCAGCAACCGCCUUGGCCGAGUCUCUUUGCCACGUACGGCAGCGGCGGCAGCAGUGAGUGAGGAGGCGGGGAGCGGGUGGGGGUACAGGGUCGUGGGGCUGGCGGGCUGGCUGGCGCCGCGGCCUCCAUUUCGUGGAAGAAACGGAGCGAGUCGGGUGGGGGAGCCGCUGCCCCGGUUUGAAUGGGAGAGGCCGAGCCGCUGCCCACCGGGGAAGGAGCGGGUAGCCGACCGGGGGGGGCCCUUAGGGCGCCUGGAUGAGGCCUAGGCCGCGCCCUUCCCCGUCCACUCGAGACAGGGGAAGGCCACGCACUGGCUCAGCUGUUGCCACAUCAACCUCAACCCCCCGCCCAUCGGUCUUGAGCCCUGGUUCUUGCUCUCUCCUCCUUCCCCACAUAAUUCGAUUUUCUAGUUUGGAGGCGCUGCGUUAGCCUACUGCAGCAAACAGCAGUGCCAAAGCAGUGUAGAUUUAAUUGUGUUGUAACGAGGUUUUCCUGGGCCAAAAAACAACAACAACCCCCCCCCCCCAAAAAAAACACCCUUGGAAAAGAUGCACUUCCCAUUUCUGAGGAAAAAGUUCCUUCGCUGCCUCCCCCCCCCCCCCCGCUUUCUCUUUCUCCUUCCCUCUCCACCCCACCAGGGCUGGAGAGCCUAAAAUGGGAAGAGGUCAUUUGGGGUUUCUGAUUCUUUGUCACUGAGGAAGGCUCUGCAGAAUACACACAGCUCCCUUUAUUUAAAUGCUUCAUCUUCUUUGUACAUCUUCGAAAUUUGUUUGUUUCUUCCUCAAGCGGCCUCUUCGUACUUGGAGUCUUGUGAGGAGGAAAGUUGUUUAUCCAAGGUCACCCCAAGAGGCCAACGGGACAGUUGUCGUUAUAUCUGGCUUGCUGGACUCUUAAUUCUUCUAUGUCUUCUACUCUAAUUUGUAUAAUUAGAAGUCGUGGAAAUGUUCACGGUUCAGAAUCUCAAAAGUUCGAGUACUGUUCAUUUCGUUCAUGCAAAGAAAUUGUUAUUAGCCCAGCGAUGCAGCUUUUAAAAGUGCUCAGACCUGCUGUCAGUAUUUAGUUACUUGACAUUCUGAGUCAGCUGGGGCAUGAGCCAGCAACUCUUCCUGUCAUUGCUUUUUUGUCUUGUUUACUCCUUCAGAGAAGUUGGGGUGUGAUCAGGGCAAGUCAUUGGGGUUGAAGAGAUCUGUCACGGCUGAUAUGACAGUGGUGGAAGGAAAUCCUGUUCUUGCAAAACAGUUGCAUUCAUAAGUACAUAUACUUGGAAAAAUUUAUGGCAAGAGACUUUUAUUGUGUUUCUCUUACAUAAUUAAGCUUUAAUACUGUCCCAAGUAUUAGCUUUUGUUCUAUACCAGAGACCCAUUACAAUAUUAAGCAUACAACUAGUCAUUUAAUAUUUGUGCAGUGCAAUUGGUACAUGUCUAUUAGAAGUAAGCCUUGUUGAGUUCAAUAGGACAUGCUUCUAGAUAAGAUGAUAUAGGAUUGAAACCUUAAAUAGAUAUAGAGACACAACUGAGUUGCCUGCUUCUAAAUAAAAUUUCUGCCAUUGAAAUUUCAUAAACUGAUACAUAGCCAGCACUAGAAGCUCAGUUACUAAGAUAGUUGGCAGUCUCUUGUGAUUACAAAAUUAAUGAUCCUUAAAGGAAUUACUUUUCUCAAAUAUCCUCUACGCUAAUUUAAUCUACUGCGACUAAAGUGCCAGUUUUUAUUGUACCUUUAACAGCUAACAGGUUUACUUAAUUUAAACUUUCAUGAAUUGGAGCCGACUUUUAUCAGAUGCAUCUGAAAUGGUAUUUGUAUUUAGGGAUCUAAAUACCAAAGGGUAUUUAGGAAUUCAUCUGCCAGGGGUUCUUUAGCUGUGAUUCCUGCAUUGAAGGGAGUUGGAGUAGAUGACCCCUUGGAUCCCUUCCAACUACAAUUUUAUGAUGUUAUGAAAUCAGUCUCUAGGUGGGUUGCAAACAGAAAUAUAAAUCACAACAAUAUCAGUUAAUAAUAUCUUUUUAACAUGUAUCACAAACUGAAAGUAAAACAUACACUCAACAGGAACAGGAAUAUUGGAGAGUCUACAUUCAACAGAGGCUUGUGAGCAGGCUUAGAAAUUUUACUACAAUAAAGAAUACAAUGUUUAAGUUAAUAAAGUAACUCAUAACAGCAUAGCAAAAGCAUCUUCAUAAGGGUUUGCUGUAAGAAAAAUCUGGUGGUUGUAGUAAUAAAAGAUAUUGCCAGCAACAGUUUAGCUAGUGAGCUACUAGUGAUAUGUAGGUGUAUCAUACUUCACAACUGAAAUUAUUGCUAAAUAGAUUUGAAGGUCAAAUUAAGUCUGAUUUCUAUAAAGCAUAAACUGCCUUGAAUCCCACACUUGUUUAAAGAUUCUGUUCUUAAAGUUGUUACGGUGCAUUUACUUUUAACAAAUUCGUGUUACUUAAGAAAUGUAGUGGGUUUUUUUAUUUAAAAAAAUAAGUGGCAAUUUUAACAUUUAAUAUUAUAAUCUUAAUUCUCCAAUUUGGCUGUAUAGGAACAAAUGAUUGUCUCUUUCAUGGUAUAGUCUAGAAAUUUCCAGCUAUUUUAUGGAAAAUAGAAGCUUUGGCUUUGAACCAAAGGAGAAAAUGCAUAAUAAUAUGAAAAAGAGAACCACAUAUUCAAAACAACUUUGUUUGUCUUUGAUAAUCGUAGCAGAUCCCCGAUAAACCUUACAAAUAAGCUGAUGACACAUGCCACUUUAGAUUUCACUUUUAUCUGGCCUAGACUCUGUAGAAUUAGUGCAGCAGAAUGUAACACUCUGGCUCUGAAAGCACAGUUUUAAGUGUACAUAUUGGGAAUAUCUAUUAUUAUUCAUAGAUUCUUAAGCAUCCUUCACCUCACGGUUCUAGGGUUUGUAUAAAAUGUUACUCAUUUUUAAAAAUGCAAUUAGAAGCAUAGGUACUAGAAGGUAGGUACUACUAAAACACAUCUCAGGUGUCAAAAGCUGGGGUUAAUAGGUAUGAAGGAUGCGGGUGGUGCUGUGGGUUAAACCACAGAGCCUAGGACUUGCCGAUCAGAAGGUCGGCGGUUUGAAUCCCCGCGAUGGGGUGAGCUCCUGUUGCUUGGCCCCUGCUCCUGCCAGCCUAGCAGUUCGAAAGCACGUCAAAGUGCAGGUAGAUAAAUAGAUACUGCUCCGGCGGGAAGGUAAACAGUGUUUCCAUGUGCUGCUCUGGUUCACCAGAAGCGGCUUAGUCAUUCUGGCUUAGUCAUUCUGCCAAUAAAGCGAGAUGAGUGCCGCAACCCCAGAGUCGGUCAUGACUGGACCUAAUGGUCAGGGGUCCCUUAGAAUGAAUCACAUUCUAAGAAUUAUUUUCUUUCAAGGGCAUAUUUGGAUUAUUGUAUCUACUGUGCUUGCUUGUUUUGGAGUUUCUGCAGGACACUGCUGGCAGUAUCCUGCCAGUGGAACUCUUGCCCACAUUAUCAGUGGGGCAGAAGGGGUAGUGCCGCACAAAUAAAUGAUGCUUUCUGUGUGCACAGUGAGAGACUGCCUAGCCCAGACAGCUGGGCAAAGGCAUAAGGAGGGUUUGGAUUACUCUGUUACUUGCCUUCUGUAUAUUAAUAAUAAUAAUAAUAUAAGAAUGAAUGUCUAUGCUAAUUAAUGAAAGACUUUGAUGGUGACUGAGACUUAACUAAGUUGCCUUUGUGUUUUAAUGCAGAUUCCACACACUGCUGCCUAUUGUUAUAUUUUACUAACCACUGCUGCAUGGCGGGACAUCUGACCUCCAGCUGAAAGUAAAAGAGAUAAUCUGCCCAGCUACUCAAUACAUUUUACAAGACAGGUACACUUAAUAUUUGAUGAAAUAAAGUUAUUGAUAAAGAAAGUGAAUUGUACUGUAAAGUUAACAGUGACAGUGCCUUGUCUGGAAAUUCUUAGUACUGUGUUCACUUUUUCAUGCUGAAAAUGUCAUUUUGAAAAGUUAUCAAUUGGUGAUAGUUCAGAAUAGCCAUUUAGUUUUAUCUGUUAAAUUAAAAUAAUGCUUCAACUAUUUUAAUUAUAGGGCCAUUCCACAUCAAAUCAACGCAAAAAACAAGGGUUUUGUCACCCACCAUCUCAGAUUUUGAUGAGACUUGGUGCACACCCUUCCCUUUAUUGAUUUCCUGGUAGCCGGUUUUCAUAACUUCAAAUUCAAAUAUCCCACAAUUAAAACAAGUAUGCUCUUUAAAAACCAACCAACCAAUAUUAUGCUAAUUUUUAAGAUGAACAACUUUGUUUCAUAAUUUUUUUAUAUUUCAGCUAUGGAUUGUAGGAAAGUUGUACAAAAUGGCUCCCCAGAAGCCAUCCCCCCCCCCCCCCGGAUGUCCAAAAAAUGUAAAAUUUUUGUUACAAGGAAUAAAAAACCCAUACAUUUUAUUCUUUGUUGAGAAAGAGCAUGUAUUUGCAAUAAUUUUCAACAUCAAAAACUUUGGGUUCCAUCAUGCCUACAUGCUGAAAAUUCAGGUUUUCUAAACCUAGUUUUUCCGCAAAAAAACCUAGGCUACAAGUACAUUUAUACUUUUUUUUAGGCAUUUAUAAAAUCUUUUGAGUGCUGGUGUAUUUUUUUCUGAAUUUUUUGUCAUUUUAUUGAGCUCUGUGUAAACUUUCAAAGAGAUCUGAUCAUUGGUUAUGGAGAAAAAAAUAAAAUGUACUCAAGGGUAUCUUGUCCUGAGGGUCUCAAGAGGGACAGACAACGCGGAUUUAAUGAAACUUCGAACUGCUAUAAAAGUAAAACCGUUCAAGAAAGAGGGGAAAAAAUUAAGGGGGUUUCUUUCAACCAUAAGGGAAGGGUGUGCACCAAAUACCCCAAAUUUCAUCAACAUCUGAGACAGAGGGUGACAUGACCUCAUUGGAAUGACGUGGAAUGACCCUACAGUAAAAAAAAACCAAAACACUACUGCCGCAUAAUCUUUGUGAAGAUCCUACUAGAAUGUAAGCAGGGGGGCUGCUGAAGGAUCGCAUUCAGCCUUGGCCAACCCUCUGGUGGGUGCAUGCCAGUGGAGUAUGUGACCAAAAGUCAUGGGGCUGCCCUACACUCUUGUACUCACACCACACACAUGUACAGAACAAACAGUGCCCCACCAUCCGAGCAGUUUGCACCCCCUUCAGCUUGAUGGCACCAGUGCUAUCCCUCCUUUGAUUAUAUGCUCUUUUUCUGCCACUACCACAAUUGUGGGGUUCAGGGGCCCCCCAAAAAUGGAGGCUGACUCAGGUCUUCAGGCUGGGAGUUAGCCACUCCUGGUGUAAAGUAUCAAGGAGUGAUCAGAUUUAUUGGGUUUUGAUCCUCUGCUUAUCUUAGGUUGCUUAUAGAUCAUGUCUUUUCCCAGGAAGUUGGCAUCACCAUUACCCCUCAUUUCAUUCUCCUCUCUGAAUGCCUAGAGCCUUUUUGGAAUUGUUAACAGUUUUUAAAUCUGUUUUAGGUAGUAUACAUUAUUAUAUGUGCACUUCUUUCUAGCAUCAUGCCGUUCAGUAAUAUAUUAUUUUCCUCCCUAAUCUAGUAAUAUAAAAUUGUGCUUUGGAUGGAAUGAAUCAGUGUAAUUGUUUCUCAGGAUAUACUAAUGUAAAUGUCUUUCAUUUUGAAUAGCUGUGUAAGAAGGCCAAAGUUAACCAUGAAUGGACAACUGGAUUUGAGUGGAAAGCUUAUAAUUAAAGCUCAAAUGGGUGAUGAUAUUAGAAGAAUUCCCAUUCACAAUGAGGACAUCACCUAUGACGAGUUAGUGCUGAUGAUGCAGAGAGUUUUUAGGGGAAAGCUGCUGAGCAAUGAUGAAGUUACAAUAAAAUACAAAGACGAAGGUAGGAUUUCUUUGAACUUUUAGUCUUAACUAAUAGAACAAAAAUCUUUUUGGUGUUCCAGUUGUUUUUGUUAUGGCACAUUUCUCUUCUUUUUCUGACCAGUGUAGAGCUCUGUCCUUGGUAUGUCAGCACAGUGCUAGUAACCUGCAGGAAGUGUGGUAGGAAACAAAAGUUAUGGCAGCAUGUCAUAGAUAUUGCUUAUUUAUAUUGAGCUUUUCACUGUAUAACUGAGUUUCUUACCUCCGUGUAGGUGGUAAUGCUGAGCUUAAAAGUGAUGCAUUCUGUGAUGCUGUAUCUGUGAGUGAUCUCCAAAUAAGUUAUACAUAGAAUACAAAUUGAAAUCAAUGAACUUAAGUGUUUCUACUCUCAAUAUUGCCUAAUGUAAUGGGGCAGUUCCACCAACCUAGGAAAUUUCAGCCUUUUCUGGGACUUUAAUAACUACCAUGGGUUUUCCAGCAAAAACUUAAAAGCAAAGGCACCCCCUCAAGAUUUGGAACUAGUCUGGGACAGAUGCUUGUCUUGAAUGAGCCCAAAAAUUAAUAUUUGUAGAGAGUCAAGAGGGAGGCAACUGUGAGACUCGGGGAACCAGUGGUUCUGAGCCUUCAUUAGCACAGGAAAGGGUUAAGGCUUUGUUCUACAACUGGAUACUGACACCAACAGGAGAAAGUUGGAAAUUGACAUUGCUGAAUCCUGUCAGCAGUCCCAGGGGUCUCAUACGGUUCUACAGUGGUGCCUCGCAAGACGAAAUUAAUCCGUUCCACGAGAGUCUUCGUCUAGCGGUUUUUUCGUCUUGCGAAGCAAGCCCAUUGACGGAUUAGCGCUAUUAGCGCUAUUAGCGGUUUAGCGGCUAUUAAAGGCUUAAAGGCUUAGGGAUUAGCUGCUAAAAGGCUAUUAAAGGCUAUUAAAGGCUUAGCAGAUUAGAUAAAGGGGGGGAAAAGCGAAAAAAAAAUCUCAAGACUCGCAAGAUAUUUUCGUCUUGCGAAGCAAGCCCAUAGGGGAAUUCGUCCUGCGAAGCAACUUCAAAACGGAAAACCCUUUCGUCUAGCGGUUUUUCCGUCUUGCAAGGCAUUCGUCUUGCGGGGCACCACUGUAUAUUGGAGGCUUGCACCCCUGAACAAGUGGAGCUGUGACUCUCCAGACACCUGACUCGUAUCCCAAAGGACAUUUGCUGUAUUAGGCCUAUAUAUACCUAAUACAGUAUAUAAAUACUGUAUUAGGCCUGUAUGCGCAAAGUUCCUAUAAUUCUCAAAAAAAAUUGCCUUGAACAAGUGCUGCUACUUUGUUGUUACCUGAAGUAAGGGAUUGGGCAAGUCUCGCCUAUAUCUGCAGUAUAAUCCAGAGAGCAGCACCAGUGUAAAGUGGAAGAGCAUGCUGGCAUGCAUUUCGCAAAGUAGCUUCUGUCUGAACAUGCCCAGAGUGUUUCUCUGCUUCUUAGCUUUUCUUGAAAUUACUAGUCAUUUGGGGACUGGACAGGACUUUUGGCUCCUGGCUCAGUCUCAUAUGGAAUAAUCUAUAUUUAGGGAAAAACUGUGUUUUGUUGCUUUGGAAUUUACUGGGGGAAAUGACUCCCAUUAAGAUUGAUGUGGUAUGUUUUCCACUGGUACUUCUACAUUAUGAUUUUGGGGUUCCCUAGGAACUCCAAAAUUAGCAGAUGUGCUUAUCUACCACAGGGCAUUGGGGCAUCAGCGGGCAGCUUUCAUAAUGUAGCGCCAAGUACUGUGAAGUGGUCACUGGACAUGCUUUAGAGAGCAGAUUCUGUGGACAUAGUCUUUGCAUUACUUCCAUUUAUUAUUUAUAUAAGUAACUGCUAUGUAAAGUUGAUGGAAUGCUGGUGAAUAUUUUAGAGGAAAUUGGAAUAGGAGAGGCUAAAUAAUAUUCUGCCAGAAAUUGUUCUAUAGGUAUGUAGUGGGGGGGACCUGCUAACUUUAUUAUCCAGAGUCAUCUUCUCAUUUCAUAUACAAAUUCUUUAUUUGUGGAAAGGAGGAUGUGUUUACCUCUAACUGAAGCUCUUUAACAAUGGUCACAGUAUUAUUUGGAAUGCAUAAAAUAAGCUGUCGUCAUGGACAUAUUGCAAACAAAAAUUUAAUGUCCUGAGUGCACUACUGUAUGAUGCAAGUGACAAUCCGUAAAGUGAUUAUUUUUAUUAAUGUGCAUUAGAUCUGAUUCGUAAUUCUCUUUAAUUAACAGAUGGAGAUCUUAUAACAAUCUUUGAUAGCUCAGAUCUUUCUUUUGCAAUUCAGUGCAGUAGGAUACUGAAAUUGACACUGUUUGGUAAGUACUAAUGAUGUUUGAGUCACAUGAAAUUCUUGUACUUUGGGGGGGGGGUUCUUAGCAAACUAGUGCUUUUCCCUUAAUUAUUAUGCAUCUUAGUAAUAAACUUCCCUUCAUGCCCACCCAGCAAUACAGGCAUUUACAGGUGGCAUAAGCCAUGUUGUCUUGGAAAAGGGCAUUUAUUUAUUUAUUUGCUAGCUUGGAGUACCCAGAACUGCCCAGGAACUUUUAGAAACCAAAAAAUAUUUUGUUUUUUAAAUGGAUAGUGUAAUUUGUCAGUUUGGACCCAUCACACCAAAAAUGGCUAAAGUUAUGUCAAAGUCAUGUAUUAGUCUGUGAUCUUGAUUCAAAUUGGUUAUUAGAGUCCAAGAAAGACCCUUCCCACAGGAAACCUUUAUGCUGAGUUCAGUGAUGAUAUAUUGAGAGACGGCUAAACCUAUGCCAAAAAGUGGGCAAAGUUACCCAAAGUUUUAGUCCACCAUCUUUAUUCAAUAUGGCAUCUAGCAUUCAAAUGUUGAUGAAGAGCACUGCCCCCACCUCAGGAAUCCCCAUGCCAAGUUUGGUGACGAUAUCUUGACAGGUAUCCAAAUAUAUAGCAAACAAACAAAUGGAUGGGCAGAUGAACAAACCAUUUCUCAAAAUAUAGGAAAUUUGAUUUCAUAGGCACCCUUUACUUGAAGAUCUUAAGGCAGGUUUCCACAAAGUGCAUUCUAUUUUCACAGUUAAGGUUGCAUUCAGGCUAUGCAAUGCUUUUACUUUUAUUCUUACAGGAAGGCAAUUGAAAACUCUUGUGCCAUAAAGACUCAUUAGUAUAAUAUUUCUUUUACAGUGAAUGGGCAGCCAAGGCCUCUAGAAUCUAAUCAAGUGAAAUACCUCCGUCGAGAGCUGAUAGAACUUCGUAACAAGGUGAAUCGUUUGCUGGAUUGCCUAGAGCCCCCAGCUGAACCAGGACUUUCCACAAGCCUCCCUGAAAAUGGUAGGUUGGCAAUUGGCACUGCCAAAUAAUUGCUUGAGCUUUCGCAAUUGUGUGUGCAUUUCCCAUGUAGAACCCCCCACCCCAUCCUUUUCCCAACCAGAGUUCUACUUAAUAAGACUCUGUAAUCUCUUAAAAAUAAGUAUCUAAAUAUUGGAUAUCUUUUCUACGAUCUCUGUUGCAGCUUGGGGUAAAAAUCCUGUGCUAGUAUUGUGCUCAAUAUACACCAAAUUUGUUGUGCUAAGGUGUAAAAAAAAGGGAUAUAAUUUGUUGAAUAAAUAAAACUUAUGAAAAGUCAUCACCUUAAUAUACAACAUGACCAAGUGCCCUAAAGAAUCCCCAUUUUAAAUAACUUGUGUAAUAUUGGUUAUUACGGUGUGCUGAGAUGGAAUACAUUCUUCAGUUUACUGCAUUCAUGCUGACCCUAUCUCUGGGGAGAAGUCGGGAGUGGUUCUUAAGCAUGUCUGGCAUAUCCUCUGUGGGAAGAGGGAGAUGACUGAAUCAGAAAAUCCUGAGAGUUUUGAAUGUGUGUUUAACUACCACUAAUUGGUCAGCUGCCUUGUCAGAUGUUAUUUGAAAUAUUCAGACAUGUGGCAAUCAAUCCCCUGCAUGUGUAUAUUGAACCUUCUUCAUAUAUGAACUUCCAGUUACUUUCUUUGAGUGAGAAACAUUUAUUGUGCACCAUGGGGAAACCCCAUGAACUCUCUGUCUCCAGCUUGCUGCUUUGCUUCUGGCCCACAUCACUGCAAAUCCUCAACUCUCACCUUUGUAUUUUUUUAACUGCCAGCCUGUUUCCCUUAAUGGCUCAUCACUUAGAACUAAAUAAACAAGGCAAGAGCAAUUGUUCUGGGGACAAUCAUGACACCUGAGUUUCUCUUGUGCAGUUGGCAGGAUCCUGAGGUGGUUAUUAAUUCUUCCCAAAUCUUAGUCUCGUUUUGUAUCAUAUUCUUACAGAUGACAAUGUUACUUUUCUUUUGAUCUGGAAAGAAUAUCGCCUCAUUUGUUGUCUGCUUCUCUAGGUUAUAUAGGGUCAGUUGGGUGUAUCAUCAUCAGAUUGUUACCUUAUAUUAGAUCAAAAUCUAUUUUGCGUUGAUCUGAAAUAGGGCACUUCACUUAAUCUGCUUUGCUGUUUGCAAAAUAGAUCUCCAUUUUGCUAGUCAAUAAGUCAAAUGAAAUUUUCAUGCUCCAUUGUUGGGUCAGAGUUGUUGAACACAAACGAAAGCAUGAGGUGGUGAUGUGUACUGGAAUGUAUUUAUACCAUCUUGGGGGGUGGAGGGGUAUAAUUUAUAUUUCUUGUGGAAAAACAUUUGACAGUAAAUGUUAAAAUUCAAAGAAGCAACUUUUGUUGUCGUUAAAGUAGCCUUUCUUCAUGCAGAGUAAUUUUAGUAAAAGAUGGUAACACUUCUGAUGUGGGCUUUGAGGUUCCUAAGCAAGCUGUCAUAGUCCUUGAAACAAACUUGGAUACUCCAAUCAACAAGGCCUCUUAAAAGUUAUUUUUUUGUCUUGCAGAUGUUGCAGAGAGUAGGGAAGAUAAGCCUGCUACUACUGACUCCACUGUCAAGCCUUCUACUCAAGUUAUGGCAGCAAGUAUGUCUGCUUUUGAUCCAUUAAAAAAUCAAGAUGAAAUCAACAAAAAUGUCAUGUCAGCAUUUGGGCUGGCAGAUGAUCAGGUGUCGGGUAAGAAUACAUAUUUUAUUGAAACCCUUGCUGAAAUUUGAACCUUUCAAAAUCAUCCAUGCAUCAUGAGGAUCUUGUAGAAUGAAUGUGAGGGAGAUACAAAAUUCUUAUUUUAUUAUAGUUAAAAACAUUGGUAACAAUUAAACGACAAUACUUUUCCAGUACCAAAAUGUCUUGACAGUUCCCAAGAUGUAAUUAGAUAUGGUAGGUCAGCUAACAUCUGUUUGGUGUCAGCUGAUACUCAGUCUUACUGUCUCUUGAACUUCCCCAAAAUGCAUAAAGGUCUAUAAUUUUUUAUGCCUUUUGUAUGUAUUCUUCCUGUAAAAUGCACACUUCUCAGGGCCUUUCAAUGCACUCCCCCCAUAAAUAUCCAUUUGCGUGUGUGUGACAAGUAAUGCAUAAUCCUACUGAUAGUGAUGUUCCUCAAGUUCAUCAAGUUGAAUCGGUUAGGACCACUGUGAAAAAUGGACUUAACAAAUUCCUCCCCUAUCCUUCGAGAAAGCAUUUUUUACCAGACACGAGGCAGCAAAUUAGACACAUUGAUUUCUGUAGCAUCAUUAAUCCAUUCCAAGGGCUUGUCUGUGAUCUUAAUUUGAAGGAAACAAUGUAUGCACAGCAUGACAUUCCUGCAUAGUGUACUACCUUUGCCUCUCUCAGUAGCAUAAUUCUUGUUUUAGACUAUUUUUCUGUCAUCUGCAAAAGUGGUUGGAUGAUUAGUAUGCUCCAAAUUUAGCUUGCACUUCCUGAAGGUCUUGAUUUUAAUUUUGCACUAGGAUCAUUAGAUGUAGACAACACCAAAGCCCUAGAACCAUCAUGCCAUAUGUACAUGAAAAGUGCUGUUUCUGGAGUUUUAUGUGCUUACAACAUGAAUGCCACAUGGAUGGUCAACCUAAAGACAUACAACCCAUGGCUAAAUUGUGCUCAUUCUUAGUUUAAAGAAUUGAGCAUAGUAUUUUAUGUUGUAAAAGCAAAAGCAUUGCCCUUCCGAUCACACAUAAAAAUUUGAAAAGGAAUGCAGUAUGUCUGAAAGAGUCAGAAAACAGAAAAUACAUGUAAGAGGAUUUUUUGGUGAUACAUUAACAAUAGUAUCUUAACAGUAAUGACUGGAUAGCUUUUCUCUGUGUGUGAAAACAAUCUAUAAUACAAAAUGGAAACUCCUGAGACGUGGCUCAUAGGGUGUCACUUUUAAGGGAUUAAACAUACUCCAAAGCUGUGAUCUGGUAAUUGACAAGUGCAUGUAAUUAUCACAUUAAUUAUAAAUAGGGAGAACCUAUUUGCUACAUUGCUAUAAUGUUUCAUAGUGCAGAGUAAGUUGCUUGCCCCAUUGCUUGGACUAAUCACUGAGUAUAUUCACUGUAAAAAACAAACAAAAACGUAUUCUCGAGAAAAUGGGGUGUUGAGUUGGUUUUCUUGAUGCAAAAUUAGCCUUGUGCAAGGCAAAUUUAGCAUGUUACAGCUGUCCAUGUAGACUGUACUUUGAGUAGUGAAAAUUGAUCUGCCCCAAAGCAGUCAGAUGAUGAAUUCAUGCCAUAGCUGUUGCAUGGUUUGAAUUUGCUACAUGCUUAGGUUACCCUUGGGUUGCGUAAAUUUGGUGCUCUGGCUCUAUAAAAUAGGGAUAUAUUUGGAGGGUUUGUGUCUAUAUAUAAAUGAUUUCUGAAGAGCAACGGCAGUAAUUACCCUUUAGUGCUACUAUGGCCACAUUCACAUCAUACAUUUAAAGCACUAUGAUGCUACCUUAAACAGUCAUGGCUUCCUUCAAAGUUAACAUCUCUACUCAGCCUAUACUAUAAAAAUGACUAACGUGGAACCUAAAUAUCCUUUAUGUACAGGCAACUCACCUUUCAUGUCUGGGUUGCAUUCUGGGUCAUUGCGCAUGUCAGUGGUCGUGCAUAAGCCUGUGCUGCCACCACCCCGUUUCAACUCCCCUUCUGUGGCUGAAAGCAGUGCACAUGUCGGUGAUCACGCACCCAAAAUGGUCACCUCCUGUACUUGGGGGUUUCCUUGCUGAAUAGACUGUAAUGGUUUUAUUAGCAGGGAGGAUGCCCUGACAUCUAAUGAAAGAAUGUGGGGACAGGAAGGUGCUGUAGAAGUUUCAGGGCAUUGGAUUUGAUAAUUUGUCGUCAAUCUGAGCAAAUUACCAGAAACAGUGUGUGAGUGUUGAAACUGAAAUACUUAUUAAAUAGUUAUUGAACUAAUAUUUUUAAAUCAUCCCAGGCUUCACAUCAGUCUUGUUGCUGCUUCCAUGUAGAUUGUCAUUUAUUUAAUUUAUUGCAAAAUUAUGUUUGCAGUAACAGGGAUGUUUCCUUAUUGUGCCUUUGAAAUUGACAUUUCUGAACAUUCUGAAUUUUUAAAAAAACUUCAUUCAGAUUUCAUUAAGCUGAGUAUAGCUAGCAUUCAAACUGCAAAGCCUUUAAAGCAGGUACAUCAGUAUAAGCCAGCCGUAACUUUGUGGAAAAUGACAACAAUAAUAUUAGCCCAGACACACUGAGAAAUUGUACAGACCUGUUGAAAGAUGUUUUAUUAAGGAAUAAGAGUUUCCCUUGGUAAAGAGGUUUUAAAACACGUUGGGAACUUGUUCAGUUAUGUUUGUGCUGCUGAAAGAAAUUGCCAGAUUUUGGAGUAUAAAGGUAAAGGUACCCCUGACCAUUAGGUCCAGUCGCGGACGACUCUAGGGUUGUGGCACUCAUCUCACUCUAUAGGCUGAGGGAGCCAGUGUUUGUCCGCAGACAGCUUCCAGGUCAUGUGGCCAGCAUGACUAAGCCGCUUUUGGCGAACCAGAACAGCACACAGAAACGCCGUUAAUCUUCCCGCCAGAGUGGUACCUGUCUACUUGCACUUUGACGUGCUUUGGAACUGCCAGGUGGGCAGAAGCUGGGACCGAAACAAUGGGCGCUCACACCGUUGCAGGGCUUCGAACUGCCAACCUUCCGAUCGGCAAGCCCUAGGCUCUGUGGUUUAGACCAUAGUGCCACCCGUGUCCCUUUUGGAGUAUAGUAGAUUGUAUAUUACGCCUUUUAAAUAUGGAAACAUGAAAUGGUACACCAAAUUUUAUUAAUGAAAGUCAGAGAGAUCACUAGAAUCCUGUGUCUGCAUUGUUUUCCCCAGGACCCCCCAGUGCCCCUGUAGAAGAACGUUCCGGAACACCCGAUAGCAUUGCUUCUUCAUCUUCUGCAGCUCAUCCACCUGGAGUUCAACCACAGCAGCCACCAUAUGGAGGAACUCAGCCACAAACUGGUCAGAUGGAAGGUGAGCAAUACCUGUGCUCCAUUAUCCUGCAGAUGGGGUGUUUACUUGCCCUACCCAUCUCUCCUAAUACGAUGCUGCCUGUGCUCUUUUCUUCUUCAGCUCUACCAUUCUCAUCUGCGUGUAGAUGUCUUGCUCUUUUAAACUACUGUAUCCAUUGUCAGUUGCUGGCCCUCACUCCAUGUGCUCCAUCUCUCUACACCCCCAACAAUCUCUCAAAUGCAGCUGUUUUGCCAGACCUUCAUUUCCAACUCUAACCAAGCCUAAUUACAUUUAGCUGCACAUCUCACAUUCAUCACCCGCUAUGCUUGUAUCUUCCCUCCCUUUGUCUUCUGUCAAAAUUUAGACUGUAAGCUCCUUUGAGGCAAGGACUUGUUUUUAUGCUACCCUGGCAAAGUGCUGUGUAUACCUAUAGCACUGCAUAAAUAACUGCUAAAAAUAAAUAAUAACAUUGCAGAUGAUUCCAUUAGUUGUUUUAGCAUAAAGCUCACAAAACAAACAGGUAUAAAACAAAUUAAGAAGGCUCAGUUCUGAUUAUGCAGCAUUUAAAACAGUAGAUGGUGCUACAGUGUUUGCAAGCAAGGCAGUCCUAUAAAAUGAAAACAAAGUACAUGAAAACUAUUUUGCAGGAUUAUUGUAGUGGUUUAAAAGGGUUGAAGUGACAGUUCAAUAUUGUUUAGCAGUACUGUCAAACAGCUAAUUUUUGUAUUAGAAACAUCUGCUCUGUCCAGUUAUUAAUACUGCAGAAAACUUAAAACCUUCCCUUCAACAGUGUAGAAACUGACUUUGCAGAGCAGUGUUUACAUUCCUCAUGCUAGGUUCUGUGUAACUAUAAAAUGAAUGUUUGCCUCGAAAAGCAUGUAUUCUAUAUUGUAGAUUAAAAUAAUAAUCUUUGGGCGCUAUCCAGUGAAUAGUUCUGUUGGUGCAAGGAUUUCCGGCUGUGUAGCACAACUUCCCCUCCCUCUCCUCUUGCCCCAUUUGGGCACCCUGAUACCUUUCCCAAAUCUGCUCUAUAGAGUUGUGGGAACCAACUUCUUGAACGGUUGAUUUACUUGGUGUUUAAUUUUUAUUCUUAAUUAUGAUUUUAAUGGUGUUUAAUGCCCUGGGAUUCUUGAGUGAAGGACAGACUUCAAAUAUCUCAGAUACAUUUUUAAUUCUUUUACUUUUAACUUUUUUUAUUUUUACUGGUAUGUUUUUAUAUUCUUGAAAACCACUGAUAUAUUUUUAUGAUAGUGGUAUAUAAAUAUUUCUAUAAAUAAAUAAAGUACAUGCACACAUACAAGAUUGCCUUCAACGCUUAAGCCUUUCCAAAGACCUGACUGUUACUAGCCAAUAACCUCUUUCAAAUCAUGUUUGGAUAAUAUGAGUUUUUUUAAAUAUAAAAGAAAAGAAAGGGAGUUGGAGGGGGCCUCACUUUUUGUUACACCAGAUAAACAGUUUUCUUGGGAAAUCUCAAUUUCUUCAAGAAAACAUGUUUAUUUAGAUUCAGUAGCUUCUCAGUUUUUAAAAAUAUAUAGGUUAACCUUAAGCAAAUAAUAUUUGAGGCAGGUAAGACUGAGCUGCUCAUAUUUCUUAAAUUUCUUAAAGCUUUUAAUUUAAAUUGGUAGGCCAGAUAUAUCCACAAUAUCCACAACAAGCUGGAUACCCUGCUCAGCAGCCUCAGCCUCAGCCACAGUAUGGUAUGCAGUAUCCAGGUAAGCAGGUGGAAGGUACCUCAAAAUUUUUGUAUAUAGUACAAAAUGUGUUCACUUAACUGUAUCCUGAAAUGCAUGCUCUCUAAUUCUGUUCUGAAAUCAAACUAAUUUUCUGUAAACUUCAGUAUUUUUUUGCAAAUUAUCACUGUGCAAGGGACCUUAAGACUUUACUCAGCAACUAUCUUCUUAGGUGCAAUUCAGUUGCAGAAGCAUGAAAACUUUGCGUGUGUGAGACAGAAAGUAGAUGAUCCUGGACAACAUCUGAAUAAUGCAACCAUGGGGACAGGGCAGAUUAGUUUUUUCCAAGUGGUUGCAUCGUUCACAUAACGAUUACCAUUUUGAUACAGGCCCCAGAUAAUGCGGGAUAACCUUACCGAAAGGUAGCUCCUAAAUAGUUGUUUCUAAGUAUGAAGGGCAUCUCAGAGGUUAUUGGAGGAAUAGCAUUCAAUCCUACUUGUUCUUGCUAAGAGGUUGUGCCCCUCAAAGUUUACUGAAGAUGAUCCAGUUAGAACACACUGUUUUGGAGCUGGUGGGUGGUGGGUUUUUUUACAUUAACAUGUGGAGCAUCAAAAGAAAAGGCCUGCAUGAGGUUUUUCUUGCUUCCCCAUUCUCCCCUGAUUGGCCUCCAGAAAGCAUCUGGAACUCUUCAGUUGAAGUGAAAUUAGUCAAAUACUCCCUUAAAAUGCUCAAUAAAUUGGGAGAGGUUGAGAAAACAAUGCAUUUUUUUCUUUUGAAGAAAACUCAGAUCUGGUGUUUACAUUUGCCUCGAACAUUGACCCAUUGAAGUCCUUACUAUAAGCUGCUUUUAUCCGUACCAGGGCAAUUUUUGAGGCCCAUUUCCCUGUGAAUACCACAGAGAUGCUACUAAGUCAAGCGAUUACAGGCAAAGUUAACUAUUUCCUGAGGUAGAAGUUUCUGAGUUUGGUGUUGUUGCAGUGAAGCCAUUCCCUUUUUAUUUGGCUGUCGUGUGCGCUUUUUCCAAUACGAGGCAGUUUCUUAUAUAUUGAUACCAGGUAGUAGGAUUUGUUUCUCCUGAUCAUCGCUACGUGUCAGUUUUGGUAGGACUAGACUGAGCUAUCCAAAGCACACCUAAGCUUGGUAGUGCCUUUGUUUUAAAAAGUAAAUUUGAGCCCAAGUUCCAGGUGAGUUCAAAAUUUACUCCACUGUAUUCUCUCAUCCUUGCUUUCUCUGUUCAGGGUCUUGCCUUUUUAAUAAUUGUUAUAUAUCUGGUGUUUAAUGCUAACAGGAUUCCAGUCAAUGGAGAUGUUUCAUUGCAAGUAGUUUCAGGUGUGUUUCAUGCCAGAAAUAAAUGGAGUAUCAGUCUUUGUACCGGUUUCUUUUUUUACAUUUGCAAUCUGAAAUUCUUUUCAGUCAGACUGAUAGUGAAGCACAAGUAUUAAAAGCACCUAAACUGUUGCCAGCAUCUACUUUUGAGAUUAGUGUCUGGAGGAAUUUUUGUGUGUGCAGAACUAAAUAUGUUCAAUUAGUUGUGUGAGCUGACUUGUUUCAAACUAAGAAUAAUACAUAGCUUGAUUAUUUAUGAAAUUGCACUUUAGUAAAAUAAGACAUCACUGAAUAUAACUGCAUUUUAAAGAAAGAUUUUAAAACAUAUUGGAAAUAAUUGCCUAAAUGGUUGUUGGAUUAAAACUCCCGUUUUAAUCCAACAACCAUUUAGGCAAUUAUUUCCAAUAUGUUUUGGCCAUGAUAGUUGGGACUUGUGGGAAGUAGAGACUUACAACAUCUAGAGGGCUACAGGUUGUCCUCUCCUGCUUUAGAGCAACACUAUUGGAGAAUGUUACUCCACCUGCACUUUUAUGCACUGGAGUUGGCUAGUAUGUAUCCAGGCUGGGUUUUUUUACAUUAAAAAAUGCAAUUCAUGUUUUACCCCCCACCCCCUGUUGUUUUUCAUGUAUGUUUUUAGCUUUUGUCUGGAAUGUCUGUAUUUUUUAAGAAUGCAUUACAAAGUGAACCGUUGUGUUACUUUCACUUACCUGCAUUGCUGUUUGGCUCUUCCAGCAGGCUACAGCCAGCAGACUGCUCCUCAACAAGCACAGCAGUUCCAAGCAUACAGCCAGCAGCCCUCACAGGCUCCAGCUCCUGGGUUUCCUGGUCAGCCUCAACCUCAGCAGCUGCCAGCUCAGCCUCCCCAGCAGUAUCAGGCAGGCACCUUUCCUGCACAGAACUACACGACACAAGCUUCACAGUCGGCCAGCUAUAAUGUGACCCCAGCUUCGCAACCUGGGAUGGCUCCCAGCCAGCCAGGUGCUUAUCAGCCAAGACCAGGCUUCACUCCACCGCCUGGAACUACUAUGACACCCCCUCCAAGUGGCCCUAAUCCAUAUGCACGCAAUCGCCCUCCUUUUGGCCAGGGUUACACCCAGCCAGGUCCUGGCUAUCGAUAAGGAAGCUGUGCUGUUGAUGGGCCCCAAGUAAGUCCAAGUUGUUGCCGUUGCUAUUCCAUCCAUACAGACUCCAAGGUUCUUUAACUAAAAUAUGGAAACUAAUGAAAGGCAGAAUAUUCUAUGGUAUCACUGUUGCUGUAUAAUUUGCUGGGAUAAAUGACCAAAUGAAUCUUGUUUCCUGCUUUAAAUUGUAUUGGCUUUCUAGUUUAAUAUUGGAAACACUACCUAAAUGUUUGUAAAGUAAUGACAUUCUGACUUGCCAUAUUAAACUACUAGGUGAAAAAAUCUAGCUGAAAUCUGGCUUGUUUUUACUAAUAAAAUAUGUACUAAAUUAGACCCACUUGUUAAAACUAGGUAUGAUGUUUAAAUUGUAACAUGCACACUGAAAUUGAAUAAAAUAUUCAAAUCAUCCUUUUUUGUUCAAUUGCCGGGCAUUGCGUUUUUACUACAUCCACUGCAACGUCUGCAGCUAUAGUAAAGAACCCCCACCCCCCAAUCAGGAAUGCUUCAACCAAUAUAAUUCUUCAUGUAAGCCAUCCCAGCUUUACUGGGGGGCUGCAGAAGACCUUGGAUGCUGGCAAAUUGUUACCAGCAAGUGUAGGUAAUAGUUAACUAGGUGAAAUGGUAGUCACUGUGUAAGGCAUUGUACCUGUGUCCUAGGUGUAGUGACUACUAAUCCCUAUAAUGGCCUGAGGCACUGCCUGUGCACUAUACUAGGAAGGAUUGAUGUCCACUUCAUGGUAUUCACAGCUAUUGAAUCACAUGCACCAUGUCCUUUUCACCAUCCAAGGGAAUCUUGGAAAUAGCUGUUUACUGACUCAAGAGCAACAAAUUAAUGGUUGUGUCAAAAUGGAUUCACAAACUUAAUGUGACAGUGAAUGUUCUGUGAAGUACUCAUGUGACAGGCUUAUUAUAGUGCAUGGGAAUCAUAACCUGUUAAGAGCAUAUAUUGAAACACAUUGGGUUAUAGCCAGCUAAAUUCUACUCAGGUCUGUUGAUUUCAAUGAGUCUGCUCUAAGUCGUGCCCAUUAAUUUCAUGAUUAACGUUGGAGACAACCCAUUCGCAUUUAGUUCUGUGGAAUGAAGCAAUUGAACUAUUAGAGGUUACAUUUUCAAAAGCCCCCAUAUAUGUUAAAGUUCAUAAAGUAACGUGAUUUAACUAUUUCAACCAAUAAUAGACUUAAGGUACCCAGCUAUUACAACUGUAUGAACCAAUAGCUCCUUGUGAUACUGCAAAACCAUUUUGAUUUAUAUAUGUGCAGCUGCCACAAAUGCACAACUUGGUAAGGUUGCAUGUGCAUGUCCUGUACGGGAGCACAAUGUGUCACACAAUGCUUCCAUGUAAGACAAACCCAGCACAUUCAUUUAGGCAACCACAUGAGGCUAUGGAGCCUCUCAGCUAAGCCAUAUUGAGGGAGAUGCUCUAUUUCACAUUGUUUACAAAAUCUUAGUUAAGGAAGGAUGUGGCACACUCUGAGUUUGCUGUCAAUCUGUUGUACUGAAACAGGACACUCCCACCUCCCCCAAACUAUCCAAUAAUUUCAGUUAUAAUUUCAAAAUUGCAACUAAAGGUUACUGGAAAGUCUUUGAAGCGGCUCUCAAGAGAAUUUAGAAUUGUUUUCAGAAUUUUUCAGUUUUGUGUCUGCUGAAUAUACCAAUGGAUCAAAUACUACUUAUGAUUUAAAAUACUUUAUUAAGAGUACAGUGUACCGGCAAUGUACUUAAAAGUUUUUUUUAUUAUAAACAACCAAUCCAAUAUUCCUUGUGUUCUUUUUUAAUACGCUGAAUAAACACCUUUAAAAACCUACAUCUCUUUAUAUAUAUAAUGUUUAAAUGUUUAAGCAAUACAAAUAUAUCACUUUGUGUAGAGGGGAAGCACAGAGCCAUUUUUAAAAAACAGCUUUCAUUUUUCCAUUCUACAAAGCAGAUCACAUUACUGUUUCAACUGUAUAUAAAGAUUUUUGUAUGCUUCAGCCGUAAUAUAUUCUACAUGGUAUUUGACUGAAGUCUGCAUUCAUCUUUACUCAACACAGUUAAAACCUAAUAAUCAUACUAGCUUGUUAAGGGUACAUUUAAACCUGCUUAUUCUUGAUUUUAUGUCUUGAUUUUUUGGGAGCACUUUAUAAAUUAUGAAUAUUGCAUACAUGUUGGGAAGGCAGGUUUCACUGGAAGCAGUGAAUGAUUCUCUGCUUUGUAAUGUAAAGGCAAACAUAGUGCUUAAAAUAUAUGACCUUGGUAAGUAUUAGAGCACACAGUAUUUUGAGAUGCAACAUCCUGUUUUGCUCCAUUAUAAUGAUAGUGAUCACAAGGUUAAGGUUUGUACAGAUCAUCUCCCUGUUGUUUGCUGUAGCAACAGAUUUUACCUUUAGGUGGCUGCAUUCUAUCUUUCGAGCAGAGCUGAAAUCAAUCCACUAUAGAGCGGCAAAAAUCUGCAGAGACAUAGCUUCCAGUUACUCCAAAAGCACCAUAGAAGCAUGUGUAUACAGUCCCUUCAAUAGUUAGCUCCAUCUAUGCAAGACAAGCGUCUUGAGGAGCAGGCCUUACAAGCAAGCUGUAACCUGCUUUUGCCAAAUAAAAGUCCUGUUGGACAUACAAAAUUAAAACCAAUAGAGAAUAAAACCUACCCUUAGGUGAGUUCUCCACAAAAUGAUGCAAGCAUCCAAUCUACCUCAGGCCAAGUGGUGAGCAUUUUGCCACACUUUCAAAUGGCAGAACGAUUAUUGACAUGGGCUCAGUCAAAUGGUUCUCUGGCAUAUGGCUGCCAUGUUUAAAAACACAGGCUAUCUGAGUACAGAGCUGUACAGAGAGCAUCAUUAGCUUUCCAGAGUGUUCAAAUAGAGAACUGUAUAUUUGCAGCCUGGGCAUAUAAAGUAGCAGAAAAGCUAACCUGACAGAAUAAGUUAAAUGAGUUGAAAAAUAAAUCAGAACACGUACUUCGGCAGUAUGCAUCAAUAAAAUUCAGAAUACAUACUUUUCCAUAAAAGGUGCCUCAAACAAUGAUAAAUAAUAAACUACAUCUUUCAAAAUAUGUAGAAGGCACCAGAAGAGACUUAAGAGGGAGCCAGCUUCCCAAGUAUUUUAUGACAUGUUCUAAGUUCCUACAACAGAUCCAUAAAUCUGGACAACUAUAAUUAAGCAGCCAAUGCUAUCAAACAGUUAACACAGUAUUGUUAGAUUUCAGAAUGAACAAUACUACACCCACAACACAUUUCCAUCUCUCAGCUUGCCUGGCUUAGCCAUAGCUGGAUUGCAGCCAUUUGGUAUCAUCCUUUGCUCUGCCAUUUGUCUUAUCUCUUGCUCUACCAUUUUCCAGGUAUUGUUGCUCCACACUCAUACCAGUGGACGUAGUUAGUAUGCGUCUCCGCGCCUAUUUUCCCAAACUUGACCGGCUCUUGUCGCACCGCUCUAAAAAAGCC